AUGGUUCAGAAAAGACAGUCAGUGCCAACUCCUUCCUUGGGUGCCAGUGGUGGUCCUGGUACCGGAGGAGCCCCUCUCCAGACCAAUGUGACUAGCAAUCGAAGGCUGCAACAGACACAAGCCCAAGUGAAUGAGGUGGUGGACAUAAUGAGGGUCAAUGUGGACAAAGUACUAGAAAGAGACCAGAAACUUUCAGAGCUUGAUAAUCGGGCAGAUGCAUUGCAAGCUGGUGCCUCACAAUUUGAAACUAGUGCGGCCAAGCUGAAGAGGAAAUAUUGGUGGAAAAACUGUAAGAUGAUGAUCAUCCUGGGCAUAGUAUGUGCGGUCAUUCUUAUCAUAAUUAUAAGUGAGUAA